AUGAAACCAAAAGUCGAGCAAGAAUUAGCUCAUACCUUGCUAACCGAAUUAUUAGCUUAUCAAUUCGCUUCUCCAGUUAGAUGGAUCGAAACUCAAGAUGUCUUCUUAAAAGAUUUUAACACUGAAAGAGUUGUCGAAAUUGGUCCUUCUCCAACUUUGGCUGGGAUGGCUCAAAGAACUUUGAAAAAUAAGUACGAAUCCUAUGAUGCUGCUUUAUCUUUACAAAGACAAGUUCUAUGUUACUCUAAGGACUCCAAGGAAAUUUAUUAUACCACUGACCCUGCUCCAGUUGAACCUGAAACCGAUUCUACUGAAGCUGCUGCUGCUCCAGCUGCUGCUGCUACCCCUGCGGCCGCUCCAGCUGCCGUUGCUGUUCCAGUUGCUGCUGCUGCUCCAGCUGGCCCAGCUGCUGACGUUCCAGAUGCUCAAGUCACCGCUGGUUUGGUCUUACAUACUUUGGUUGCUCAUAAGUUAAAGAAGACUCUAGAUGCCAUUCCAUUAUCCAAGACAAUUAAGGACUUAGUCGGUGGUAAAUCUACUGUUCAAAAUGAAAUUCUUGGUGAUCUAGGUAAAGAAUUUGGUAACACACCUGAAAAACCAGAAGAUACUCCUUUGGAAGAAUUAGCUGAAAUGUUCCAAGACACUUUCCCAGGUUCUCUAGGUAAACAAUCUUCCUCUUUGAUCUCAAGAUUAAUGUCUUCAAAGAUGCCUGGUGGGUUCACUAUCACUAUCGCUAGAAAAUACUUGCAGACUCGUUGGGGUCUAGGUACCGGUAGACAAGAUUCUGUCCUGUUGGUCGCUCUAUCCAAUGAGCCUGCUUCUCGUUUAGGUUCUGAAGCUGACGCUAAGCAAUUCCUUGACGCUAGUGCUCAAAAAUACGCCUCUAUGGCUGGUAUUAGUUUGGCUAGUGCUUCAGCAGGUGCUGCGGCUGGUGGUGCUGGCGGUGCUGGUGCAGGUACUGCCACUAUUGAUGUUGCUGCCCUUGAUGAAUUAACUAAGGAUCAUAAGAUUUUGGCCCGUCAACAAUUACAAGUCCUUGCUCGUUACUUGAAGAUGGAUCUAGACAAUGGUGAAAGAAAAUUCUUAAAGGAAAAAGAUACCGUCACUGAAUUACAAAACCAAUUAGAUUUCAUCACUCAAGAAUUGGGUGAAUUCUACGUUAAUGGUCUAUCUACUGCCUUCUCAAGAAAGAAGGCUAGAACUUUUGAUUCCUCUUGGAAUUGGGCUAAACAAUCUUUACUUUCUUUAUAUUUCCAAAUCAUUCAUGGUGUACUAAAAAAUGUUGAUAGAGAAGUUGUCACUGAAGCCAUCAAUAUUAUGAACAGAUCCAAUGAAGCUCUAAUUAAAUUCAUGGAAUAUCAUGUUUCUAAGACUGACCCAUCGAAGGGUGAAAACUACCAAAUGCUAAAGACUUUGGGUGAACAAUUGAUUGAUAACUGUAAGAUGGUCUUAGAUAUGGAUCCAGUCUUCAGGGAUAUUUCAAAACCAACUGGACCAACCACUGAAAUUGAUAAGAAUGGUAACAUCAAGUAUAACGAAACACCAAGAGAAAACAUUAGAAAAUUGUCUCAAUACAUUCAAGAGAUGGCUCUUGGUGGUCCAUUGACUAAAGAACUUCAACCAACUAUCGAAGACGAUUUGGCUCGUGUUUACAAGGCUAUUACAAAACAAGCUUCCACUCACAAGGUCUCUGACUCUACUCAAUUGGAAUUUGAAAACCUUUACGGUAAAUUGGUUAAGUUCUUGGAAAACUCUCAAGAGAUCGAUGCUUCUCAAACUACUAAAUUAGCUGGUGUCAUCGAUGAUGAUUUGGAUACUGACUCUACAAAGGAAGUUGCAUCUUUACCAAAUCAAUCCACUAUUACCAAGACUGUGUCUUCCACUAUUCCAAGAGAAACUGUUCCUUUCCUACAUUUAAAGAAGAAGUUAUCGGAUGGGUCAUGGAAAUACGAUCGUCAAUUAUCUGAAUCCUUCUUAGAUAGUUUAGAAAAGGCUGCUGUUAAUGGUAUUACCUUCAAGGAUAAAUACAUUCUUUUGACAGGUGCUGGUAAGGGUUCCAUCGGUGGUGAAAUUCUACAAGGUCUAUUGCAAGGUGGUGCCAAGGUCGUUGUUACUACAAACACAUUUAUUAAGCCAGUCUUAGAUUUCUUCCAAGCUUUGUACGCUAAGUACGGUGCCAAGGGUUCUACCUUGAUUGUUGUUCCAUUCAACCAAGCUUCUAAGACCGAUUGUGAAAACUUAGUGGACUACAUUUACGAUGAUCCAAAGAACGGCGGUCUUGGCUGGGAUCUAGAUGCCAUCAUCCCAUUUGCUGCUAUUCCAGAAAAUGGUAUCGAAUUAGACAACAUUGACUCUAAAUCUGAAUUUGCUCACAGAAUUAUGAUGACUAAUAUCUUCAGAAUUAUGGGUUACGUUAAGAAGCAAAAGGUUGCCAGAGGUAUUGAAACUAGACCAGCUCAAGUUAUCCUACCAAUGUCACCAAAUCACGGUACUUUCGGUGGUGACGGUCUAUACUCUGAAUCCAAAUUAUCCUUAGAAACACUAUUCAAUAGAUGGCACUCCGAAUCCUGGGCCGAUCAAUUGACUAUUUGUGGUGCUAUUAUCGGUUGGACUAGAGGUACUGGUCUAAUGAGUGCUAACAAUGUUAUUGCUCAAGGUAUUGAAAAAAUGGGUGUUCGUACAUUCUCUCAAAAGGAAAUGGCUUUCAACCUAUUGGGUCUAUUAAACCCUGCUGUUGUUCAACUAUGUCAAAAGUCUCCUGUGAUGGCUGAUUUGAAUGGUGGUCUGCAAUAUGUUAAGAAUUUGAAGGAUUUCACCCGUAAAUUGCGUAGCGAAUUAACUGAAACCUCCGAAAUUAGAAAGGCUGUCUCCAUCGAAACUGCUCUAGAACACAAGGUUGUCAAUGGUGAAAAUGCCGAUGCAGCUUACACUAAGGUCGAAGUUCAACCAAGAGCCAACAUCAAACUUGACUUCCCAACUUUGAAACCAUAUAAGGAAAUCAAAGCAUCCGCUUCUAAGGAUCUAGAGGGUCUAUUGGAUCUAGAAAAGGUUGUUGUCGUCACUGGUUUCGCCGAAGUUGGUCCAUGGGGUUCUUCCAGAACUAGAUGGGAAAUGGAAGCAGACGGUGAAUUUUCUUUGGAAGGUUGUGUUGAAAUGGCCUGGAUGAUGGGUUUGAUUAAAUACCAUAAUGGUAACUUGAAGGGUCGCCCAUACACCGGUUGGGUUGAUGGUAAGACUAAUGAACCUGUCGACGAUAAAGAUGUUAAGGCUAAAUACGAAGCUUACAUUUUGGACCAUGCUGGUAUCAGAUUAAUUGAACCAGAAUUAUUUAACGGUUACAACCCGGAAAAGAAACACAUGAUCCAAGAAAUCAUUGUUGAAGAAGACAUGGAACCAUUUGAAGCCUCUAAGGAAACUGCAGAACAAUUCAAGCAUGAGCAUGGUGAGAAGGUUGAUAUUUUCGAAAUUCCAGAAUCUGGUGAAUACUCUGUUAAACUUCUAAAGGGUGCCACUCUAUAUAUUCCAAAGGCCUUAAGAUUUGACAGACUUGUUGCUGGUCAAAUUCCAACCGGUUGGGAUGCAAAGACAUACGGUAUCUCUGAAGACACUAUUGCUCAAGUUGAUCCAAUUACUCUGUUUGUUUUGGUUUCUGUUGUCGAGGCUUUUAUUUCCUCAGGUAUUAGUGACCCAUAUGAAAUGUAUAAAUACGUUCACGUUUCUGAAGUUGGUAACUGUUCCGGUUCCGGUAUGGGUGGUGUUUCUGCUCUACGUGGCAUGUUUAAAGAUCGUUACAAAGAUGAACCAGUCCAAAAUGAUAUUCUUCAAGAAUCCUUUAUCAAUACCAUGUCCGCAUGGGUUAACAUGUUGUUAAUAUCCUCAUCUGGUCCUAUCAAGACCCCUGUUGGUGCAUGUGCUACUGCUGUUGAAUCUGUCGAUAACGGUGUUGAAGUUAUUCUAUCUGGUAAGGCUAAAAUUUGUAUAGUCGGUGGUUACGAUGACUUCCAAGAAGAAGGUUCCUACGAAUUCGGUAACAUGAACGCUACCUCCAACUCUAUUGAAGAAUUCGAACAUGGUCGUACUCCAUCUGAAAUGUCAAGACCUGCCACAUCUACACGUUCCGGUUUCAUGGAAGCUCAAGGUUCUGGUAUUCAAGUUAUCAUGAACGCCGAUUUAGCCUUAAAGAUGGGUGUUCCAAUCUAUGGUAUCGUUGCUCUUGCUGCUACUGCCACGGAUAAGAUUGGUAGAUCUGUCCCAGCUCCAGGUAAGGGUAUCUUAACUACUGCUAGGGAAUUCCACGGUAACUUCAAGUUCCCAACUCCAAUGCUAGAUAUUGGCUACAGAAAGCGUCAAUUAGUCAACCGUGAAUCUCAAAUUCAACAAUGGGUUGAAAACGAAUUAGAACUAUUGAGAUAUGAAGCCGAUUCCAUUCCAAUCGUCGACCAAGAAGAAUUCUUGGUUGAACGUAGCAAUGAAAUUAAUCUUGAAGCUAAGAAACAAGUACAAUUUGCCCAAUCCCAAUGGGGUAACGAAUUCUGGAAGAAUGAUUCUCGUAUUGCUCCAUUAAGAGGUGCUUUGGCCACAUAUGGUCUAACCAUUGAUGACUUAGACGUCGCUUCCUUCCACGGUACUUCUACCAUGGCUAAUGAUAAGAACGAAUCGUCAACAAUUAAUGAUAUGGUUAAGCAUUUAGGAAGAUCUGAAGGUAACCCAGUUAUCGGUGUUUUCCAAAAGUUUUUGACUGGCCAUCCAAAGGGUGCUGCUGGUGCUUGGAUGUUGAAUGGUGCUUUACAAAUUUUAAAUACUGGUGUCAUUCCAGGUAACCGUAACGCAGACAAUGUGGACAAGGUCUUAGAGGACUUUGAAUAUGUUCUAUAUCCAUCCAAGUCUAUGAAGACCGAUGGUGUUAAGGCUGUUUCUGUCACAUCUUUUGGUUUCGGUCAAAAGGGUGGUCAAGCUAUUGUUAUUCAUCCAGAUUAUCUAUAUGCUAUUAUUGAUGAAGCUAGAUACGUUGAUUACGUUAACAGGGUUACUAACAGGGAAAGAAGUGCACGUAAGUUCUUCCUAAAUGGUAUGAUCAACAAUAAAUUGUUUGUAAGUAAGGAACAUGCUCCAUACAGCGAUGAAUUAGAAGCUCCAGUUUAUCUAGACCCAUUAGCCCGUGUCUCUCCUUGUAAGAAGGAGAACAACAAUUUGAUUUUUACCCAAAAGGCUAUUCAAAACGAAACAUCUUACAAUGGUAAAGGUACAUACGAGACUGCCAAAGUUUUAAAAGAAUUAACUGCUGAAGCCCUAUCUGGUAAAAAUCCAGGUACAUCUGUUGGUGUUGAUUCAGAAUUGAUUAAUAGUAUCAACAUUGAAAAUGAUACAUUUAUUGAACGUAACUUUACUGUGAGUGAAAUUUCCUACUGUAACCAACAACCAAAUAUUAGAAGCUCUUUCGCUGGUACUUGGUCUGCAAAAGAGGCUGUUUUCAAAUCCCUAGGCGUUGAAUCUAAAGGUGCUGGUGCUUCUCUAAAGGACAUCGAGAUCACUCGUGUCAAUGGCAAUGGCCCAGAAGUUUCUCUACAUGGCGAAGCCAAGAAAUCUGCCGAUGCCGCUGGUAUUACUGAUGUAAAAGUUUCUAUUUCACACGAUGAUUUCCAAUCAGUCGCAGUUGCAAUUGCCAAUAAGAAAUAG